AUGGAGAGUUUAUGUGAUAUGUUUGCAGCAAUGAAUAUUUCUCAGGAGGUGCCAAACGAUUUGGUUGUGGAUGAAGUAUCUUAUGAAGUGAAGAAUGUUUGUGACUUGAUGAAUGCUGUGUUUUUCGAAGCGGUUGUUUGUGAAAUUCGGAGAUUAUUGAAGGAGAAAUGUCCAGGCUGUGAAGUCGAUCAUCCGAGUCAGAGGAGACACGACUGUAUUAUGUUGUCAGACGAGGAGGGAUGGUUACUGCAUGGUUUGGAAGCAGUGGAGCGUGUGAUUGAGCAUGGAAUUGUGAGGAAACAGUUUCUGGAAGCCAUUCGAGUGAUGAAAUUGGAAUAUUACGAGCGUGCGAAAGAACAUUAUGCGAACUUGAUAAGAGAUCGUGAAGUAACACUUGAUUUUUUGGGGGAUUUGAGAGGAAGUUUUUCUGAUUAUGAACCCAUUUUGAACUACCUAAUGUAUUGGAGCGAAGAACAUUGUGCAUAA